AAUUGAUAUAAGGCACUUGAUUAAACAUGUCAGUUGCUUAAUGUCUAAAAGGAAGUUGAAUGUUUUAUGGAAAACCAAUUUUUAGUCUGUGUCUCCCAUAUCUGUUGGGCUUGAAUAUUAAUGAAGUGGGUUUGAAUUUCCGCACUUGAAACUAAAUUUGGCGUAGAUCAGAUUAUUGGUUACAAAAAUGAAAGAAGUUAAGGAAAAUUCAGUUUGAUCAUGUUGGACAGCGACCUUGUUGAUUUUUGUUUAUUUGUUUUACAUGCUCUGCUUGAUUAUGGGGCCUGCUGAUAGUCCAUUUGCAGGUGGUGUGCUUUCUGUUUCAAUUCAUUUUCAACCAGAUUACUCAUCUAAACUUCCGAAGGUCUCUUUCCGCACCAAGUUUUUUCAUCCAAACAUUGAUAGUAAUGGGAGCAUCUGCCUGGACAUCCUCAAGGAACAGUGGAGUCCUGCCCUGACCAUAUCAAAGGUUCUCUUAUCAAUCUGCUCACUUCUAACGGACCCAGACCCGGAUGAUCUGCUGGUGCCUGAGAUCGCACACAUGUACAAGACUGACAGAGCGAAAUAUGAGUCCACUGCUCACUCCUGGACUCAGAAGUAUGCCAUGGGGUAGAGAGAAAGAAGGCCCUGAACUAUGGCUUCUAGUUUUAAUUUAUUAUUAUUAUGGUGACUAAAAACUGGUAAUUAUGUUGUGGCUUUUGUUUGCAAUGUCUCUGAAAAUAACCUUCUGGCUGCAUCAGACUUUUUGCAGUUUAAUUUGUCCUGUGAAUAGCCACUUGUUCCUCUCA